UGUAAAUUUAUGUGUAUGUAUAUAUGUGUCUAUAUAGCAGGUCAAAUCGAGCUGCUUUGCCAUGGCAAUUAAACGUUUUGACCGCAAGCCAAUUUAGGGCACGGGCUGCGCUCAGGUAAAUGCCGGCCAGGUAGAAAACAGGAUCAGACCGAGCCAAAGCUGAGCUCAGCGAAUCAGCGCCGAGAGCCUGGAGGCCGACUCCUCGGAGACCAUGCUCGGCCAGGACAACCUGCAGCAGCAGCUGGAGCAGCUGAUGAAUCAACAAGAGGACAGAGACUUUAGCGGCAGUGCGGACAGCUUAUCCGAUGGCAACAAUAGCUGCUCUCUGGAUCUGUACUACGAUACGCCAGCCGUGCUGGAGCUGGAGCAAAUGCUCAGCGCUCAAACCCAACAGCAGCACAAGCAGCUGCAGCAGCAACAACAACAACAACAUCAGAUGCAACAGCAACUGUCUGCAGGCGCCAACAAAUACCAAACAAAGGCAGCCAAAUAUUGGCAAAAGACAGCGCGCAGCAGACCCUACGACUAUCAUUAUGCCUAUCCGAGUGCCUCCUGCGAGGAGGAGCCGGAGGAGCACGAGAGCUGCGGCAAAGAUGUCCUGCGCAAGCGUCGGCUGGCGGCCAAUGCACGCGAACGUCGCCGCAUGAACAGCCUCAAUGAUGCCUUCGACAAGCUGAGAGAUGUGGUGCCGUCUCUGGGCCACGAUCGACGACUCUCCAAGUACGAGACAUUGCAAAUGGCGCAGGCGUACAUUGGGGAUCUGCUCACGCUGCUCGCCCGAGACUACUGAGCGGGCGGGGGCUGGUGAGGGGGCAUCAAUGCAACCGGGACGUGUUGCUGCAACACUUGAACCUAGUGUCAACUUUUAAAGGCUGUUAGUUCAUAAAUUUAGCUGAUAGACUUUUGUAUAUAAGUUAGGAUUUUAAGAGCGUUUAUUAAAUAUAAUUAUGAUGUAGUCGAAAAUGAA